CCUAUGUUCCCUGACGACGAGGUGUUGCCAAUGCACCCGUUCGACGACACGGCAACUCUGCGCGACUAUACUCUGAUAUGGACAUUCCGUUACGAUGAUGUCCUCGAUGCCGACAAGCUUGGAGAUAGUCUAUCUCAGCUCUUUCAAAUGGAGGGAUGGCGGAAACUUGGAGGAAGACUUCGCUUACGCCCGGACGGGAAAACUGAAGUUCACGUCCCGCGUGAGUUUACCAAGGAAAGACCAUCUGUUUAUUUUACAAAGGAGCAUCAUGACAUGACCAUGGCCGAACAUCCAGAGGCAUCAAAGCUUCCGGUAUCUACUGCAGAGCCCACCACGUUUCCGGGCGCUCGCAAUUUUGCCAGCUUGGCCUUGGGCCCUGGCGCGCCUAGAACUAUUCAGGACUACUUUCACAAGGACGUCCCCCAGUUUUCUCUGCAUGUGGUGACCUUUACAGACGGAACUCUGGUCUCUAUCAACUUCAACCACGUCUCCAGCGACCUUGGUGGGUUGAAGGCAAUCUUUAAAGGCUGGCAGAGUAUUCUUGCCGGCAAGCCAGAAGAAGUUGCACCAUUUGUUGGAUACAAGAAUGAUCCUAUGGCAGGGCUCUACAACGACGAGACAACUGUUAAGCCCACUCUUGCAGAUACCCAGCUCACAGGUUGGAGAAUUCCCGUGUGGGCAUUGAGACACAUAGUCGAGACUUGGUGGAAGGGGCUCGAUGCGCGCAUCAUUUGCAUCCCAAAGAAAGUCAUCGACGCUAUUGUCCAAGAGACAAAGGAUCAUGUCGCCCUCAAGGGUAACGCUGAUUUGUUUGUGUCUGAAAACGACGUCAUUAUGGCAUUCUGCAACAAGAUGGUGGCCAGCGGUCUGGCUUCUUACCGUCACAUUGCUAAUCUCCUCGUAAUCGACCCUCGAACCCGAGUCAAGUCGGUAUUUCGGGACGAUGCUGCCUAUGUGCAGAACAUCACCUCUUCGGCUAUUUUUCUCUGUCAGGCGGGCGAAGCGCUGACGACGCCAACUGGAGAGAUAGCACUCAGAUCUCGAGCAGCGCUUGAUGAACAAUGCACGGAGGAACAACUUAAAGCCACCACAAAGUAUGCCUAUCGAUCCAUGAUGGACGCAGGAAACCCUCUCGUGCUAGGCAAAGGUGUCAGCUCUGUCCUCAUGGUGGUGACCAACUGGAGCAAGGCCGGAUUCCUGGACAAGUUUGACUUUAGCCCAGCUAUCGUCAAGCCAUCGGACAAGAAGAGACCCGGUGCCAAGCCGGGACACCCUGUGUACUAUCACUCGCAGUCUCUGGGAACGGGUAUGGUUACUAUGAAUAUGGUUACCAUUAUGGGGAGGGACUUGGAGGGUAACUUGUGGUUGUCGGGAGAGUUUUCUGGUCCCACAUGG